AUGGUAGCUGUAAUUUCCACCCCCUCACAACCCGAAAACAGUUUCACACCUCGCACGCCCAAACCGCGACAAGCCACGUCAUCAUCAUGCCAUUCGCCGUUGAGCUCCAAAAGAUCAGAGUCGGUGGAGCGAAACCGACCUCGCAGUGGCGCCACCGAAAUGACACCGUCUGGAAAGAUGCUCUUGACUUCCACCACAACUAGGAGCUUGUCCGUGUCGUUUCAGGGCGAGUCGUUCUGGAUCACCGUUAGCAAAUCCAAACCAAUCAACGCUCCACCACCUAAACUCGCCGUGCCGAGAAAAUCACCGUUCGAUACUUCUUCGUCUCCACGAGCAGUUCUCAAUAGCCGUGGCCAAGUUUCAUUUUCACGUCCUCCAUCACCGAACAAACUUCCCACAGUAGCAUCUUCUUCUAGAGGCGUGAGCCCCUCUCGACUCAGAAAUGGAGCGUCACCUACUCUCAAUAAUGCUUCAACCAGCAACCAACCUUCUAUUUUGAGUUUUGCUGUUGAUGUUAAGAGAGGGAGAAUAGGAGAGAACCGAAUUGUUGAUGGACAUUCGUUGAGACUUUUGUAUAACAGACUCUUGCAAUGGCGUUUUGUAAAUGCCAGAGCAGAUACUGACCUCUCUCUACAGAAAUUCAAUGCAGAGAAUUGUCUCUAUGAUGCUUCGGCGUCUACCUGUAAACUACGAGAAUCUGUUUGUGCCAAAAGAAGAGAGUUACAAUUGCUGAAGCUACAGUUUAAGCUGACUUCCAUCCUCAGGGAGCAAAUGAUGUAUUUGGAAGAUUGGGGUACUUUGGAUUCGGUGUAUAGUGGUUCACUUUCAGGAGCGAUUCAAGCACUGAAGGCUAGCACUUUCCGGCUUCCUGUUGUUGAUGUGGCAAAGGCUCAUGGGCUGAAAGUGAAGGAUGCGAUUUGUUCAGCGGUGGAUGUAAUGCGGGCAAUGGCAACCUCCUUAUGCUUAUUGUCACCAAAGAUUCGUGUCAGAGCUACGACUAAGUUCUGGUUUCAAAAUCUUGUUAAACUUGAAUUAAGAUAUUUUGAGUAUUUACCAUCAAAAGGGUUAGACAUUGGCAACAUUGUGAUGCCUUGGGCCUUGUGGCUUUCAGUUGGACAUGUAAAUUCAUUGGUGGUUGAAGUUGCCAACUUGAGUGCAAAGGAGCAUGUUUUGCUUGAUGAAUGCAAAGACCUUCUAUCAAAGGUCAAAGCCAUGCAGGUAAAUUUUGUAUCUAAAAGAGGCAGUGAAGCUUAA